AUGGCCGAAGGAGAAGAUUUGGGGGCGAAAGUGGUGCCUGAGGAGGAAGGACCUUCAGCAGCAGGUGUGAAUGGAGAACUGGAGGAGAAAGUUGAUGAACUCAGUUUAGAAGGCUCCUCAGUUGAAGCCGCAAAGAAGAAGAAGAAGAAAAAUAAAAACAAAAAGAAAAAGGAACCACCCACCCAAACAGAUCCCCCUUCCAUUACAGUUACUGAACUUUUCCCAUCUGGAGAGUUUCCGGAGGGUGAAAUUCAACAAUACAAGGAUGAUAACUUGUGGAGAACUACAUCUGAGGAAAAGAGGGAGGUUGAACGCUUAGAGAAGCCAAUUUACAAUUCUAUUCGGCAGGCUGCGGAAGUUCAUCGUCAGGUCCGAAAGUACAUCAAAAGUAUAUUGAAGCCUGGAAUUUUAAUGAUUGAUCUGUGUGAGACUUUAGAGAACAUGGUUCGCAAGUUGAUUGUGGAGAAUGGUCUUCAAGCUGGCAUUGCAUUCCCCACAGGCUGCUCGUUGAAUUGGGUUGCAGCCCACUGGACUCCAAAUUCUGGGGAUAAAACUGUGCUUCAGUAUGAUGAUGUUAUGAAACUGGAUUUUGGAACACAUAUUGAUGGUCAUAUCGUGGACUGCGCAUUUACUGUUGCUUUCAAUCCUAUGUUUGACCCGCUACUUGAGGCCUCACGGGAAGCCACAAAUAUGGGAAUCAAGGAAGCUGGAAUUGAUGUCCGCCUUUGUGAUGUGGGUGCUGCAAUUCAAGAAGUCAUGGAAUCAUACGAGGUUGAAAUUAAUGGGAAAGUAUACCAAGUUAAGAGUAUCCGAAACUUGAAUGGGCACAGUAUUGGGACCUACCAAAUCCAUGCUGGAAAAUCUGUUCCAAUUGUAAAAGGAGGAGAACAAACAAAAAUGGAAGAAGGGGAAUUCUACGCAAUUGAAACUUUUGGAUCUACAGGAAAGGGGUAUGUCAGAGAAGAUCUCGAGUGCAGUCAUUACAUGAAGAAUUUUGAUGCUGGCCACAUUCCACUGCGGUUACCCAGAGCAAAACAGCUUUUGGCAACAAUCAACAAAAACUUCUCAACUUUGGCUUUCUGCAGACGGUAUUUGGACCGCAUUGGUGAGACAAAAUAUCUGAUGGCACUGAAGAAUCUAUGUGAUUCUGGAAUCGUGCAGCCUUACCCUCCAUUGUGCGACAUCAAAGGGAGCUACGUAUCUCAGUUUGAGCAUACCAUCUUACUACGCCCUACUUGUAAAGAGGUGGUUUCGAGAGGCGAUGACUAUUAG